AGAUCUUUCUCAUUCUUCCAUAAAUAAAUCACACUAUCAGCCGAUAUGGUCCAUUUGUCUGGGAGAAGGUAUACUAGAUAUGAAUGUGGUACAAAGCAAAAGUGAAUAUGCUUCGAUUAUGAUAUUGGGCGAAAGAAAUUUUAUAUGUGUAACGGAUAGCGGAAAAAUGGAAUUCAUUUUAAAAUUGGACUAUGCACCGAAAUGUUUUCAUACUUUUGUAGUGGGUUACUAUUGGGAACCCACUGCCCGCCUGGUAACCAUUAUAGUUUCUGAAUCUUCUAAAGUUUUUAUCUACGAAAAUGCCAGCAUUAUGUGGGCGGCUCAAUUUAAGCAUGAAUCUCCUGUGGCUAUACAAAGAUCUAAUUUAAUGGGUUUACCAGGAGCUAUAGUUACUUUAGGUUCUACCGGCAAAUUGAGAAUAGGUUAUUUGGGUUCUGAUCCCUACAUAUUUCAAGUGCCGCCCUUAAAUACGCAAGAGUUAACAUUUCAACAGGCUUUUGAAGAAUUCACACAACUGGAACAGGAAAUUAAAGAAGCCACCGAUAUACAAGAUAUGGAAAUUAUAAAUAAAAAAUCCUAUGAAGAUGUUCAAUUGAAAUUUACAAUAGAUACUUCGACUAAAGAUGAUGCUGAUGCCAUACUAUUGGACAUACCAGCUAAUGUGGCCUUAAAAGAAUUGCCUGUUUGUUCGGGUCUACUAAAGUGGCAUACAAAUAUAGAUCUUUCUGAAUUACAAGUUGUAUUUAAUCUUCCCGAUGGUAUUAAAUGUUCUCAAGAUGCUCUAACUUUUACAGAAAUCAAGGCUGAUACUACCGAACAAAUGGAAUUGGAUUUUUAUAUAGCUGAUCUAUUACAUUUACCUACGGCCCGGAUAGAAGCGGUAGUAUCGUAUAUAUCGCUGAGAGGUAUACCCCGAGCCAUACAUCAGUAUGCUUAUCUGCCUUUAAAUAUGUUUUUCAAAACGAAACAACCUCAAAAGGCGGCCGGUAUAAAAUUGACUUUUACUAUCAAUUGCAAGGAGGGUAAUAAGAAAUUAACCGAUUUCUUUCCGGAAUUUUUAAGUUGGGAAUCAGAUGUUCAGGCUCUAGGUUUGCUGCUGCUUACAACGGCCGAUGAGAGUCAGGAAGAAAUUAUUACUAUAGUGGCGGCCAAGAACUCAAAUCGUAUAAGAAUUCAAUCCGAUUAUUUGGAGACCUUCCCUUUAAUUAUGGAACGUAUAAUUAUGCUUUCAAUGGAACCAUCAGCAAACACGAAAAUCCCAAACCCUAAAGCUUCUUUAAGUCAAAGAAUUGAAAAUAUUAGAUCUACAGCAUUUAUACCCGCCCAGCCGAUAUUACACAGAAUCGAUGUCCAUCAUGAGACCCAGGAAAAUAUUAGAAAACAAACAUUUGAAUUGGAUGAACUUUGGCAAAAAUUUAAAGAUCUUCAACGUAAAUUACAAGAGAAAUCAGAUGAUGAACCUAAAGAAUCCUUGGUCAUGCAAAUUGAGGAAAAUUAUGAUCAUUUGAUAGCGGAAGGUGAUAAAUUAAUGGAAAUGCGUAAAGAUGAGUUAAGACAACGUUGCGAUUUAUCCUGUGCUCUAGUAGUGGCCAAAUUUAUUAUAUCAACUCUAAACUUGGACGAAAAAAUAGUGAAAAUAGUUUCCUCAAUCCUAACCUCACCGGCUGAGGACUGGACAGAAUUGAGUUGGGAAGAAUCUAUGGCACCUGGCAUUGAUAUGCUUCAUCAUUAUGGUCCUUUAAAUCGCUCGAAAAAUGCCAACAAUCAAAAUAACAUGAUGGAUGCCAAUACCAGUCACGAUAUUUUCGAUUAUACACGAUUUCGUAAACACUUUGCGAUAUUUUUUGAACGCAUCGUUCGCCUGGCUUCGAAUGACUUAAAAAUUGAAAGUAUGCAUGAAGUGCAAGUCGAAUUGCCUAAAAUGUCAAAAGCACAAAUAGAAAAUGUUCCAUCAGUUCCAGCAGCUACCGAAAAUUGGCAUGAAAUACUCAAUGUUCAGCCUAUGAAGUCUACAACGGGAGCGGUAAAACGUCUAAAACCAUUUCAUAAACUCAGCACUCUGGAAGCAGUCGAAGAUGAUGAGGAGGAUGCGGAGGAGGACGAGGAGGAUUUGCGUAAGAUGGGCUAUAAAAAGGAAUAUGGUUGUAAGGACAAAUUGCCAAAUGGAAAUGAAGCCGAGUGGUUGAAUGAUGAAUUUAAAUUGCCCUCAUCUGAUGAACUGUUUAGUGAUUUGGGUAUAUGGUGGUGAAUUUUUAAAAUAAAUUUAUCAUUUUUAAUGUAAAUUUACUUUUUUUGUUUCUAUAUAUUCUAUAAAUUAACAAUUAUUGUUUCUAUCUCAGUUAAUAACAAUAAAAUCAAAGGACAUCGUUGAA